AUGAAGCUUAUUCUCAUCCUUUUUUUGCUUCAAUUGCUUAAAAAAAUUGAUACGAGAAUCAAUGAAAAUGACGAGGAAGAGCUGCAAAUAAGAGAUUUGGAGAGAGAAUUUGAAGAAGAGUUGCUUAUGCAGCAAAUUCGAUUAGAAGAUUUGGAAUUGCCCCCUGAUCCGAAUUCGGAAUCGAGUUUAGAACAUGAAGCGGAAAUGGAAGAGAGAAUGUUACGAUAUUGGAAAUGGUUUGGAGGUGGUAUUGUUCAUUAUCAAAAUGUGGCUCGAAGUACGAUAGCGUCAAAUGGAAUUUGGUUAAGUGGAACAACAGAAAGGCUGAAGGCAGCGAAUAUGAACAAAUUGGUUUUUGAUAGAGAUUUGAUGAUAGAAGCUCGUCAGAUAGUUCGACAAAAUCCAAGUUUCCCAACUUUAGAACAUCGUAGACAAGGUGUUGUUUUCUUCCGAACUGUUCAUCUUUACACAAAUGAUGAAUUGCUCAUUCAAGAUGUAUGGCAAAAAAAUUUUGAUAAGAUUCUCGAGAUAGUCAGUAAUUGGUCUCCUGAAUUUUAUACACUUGAAAUGUUUAGCGCAGCUGCUGACGCAUUUCAAAUGAUGUUGGCGACUGCCACCAAAGUUGGAUGCUAUGGUAAACUUUAUGAUGGGACUCAAGCUGAGGCUGAGGAUUUGACUUUUGUUGUUUGUAAAUAUGAUCAGGCGGCGAGAGUGAGUCGACAGAUUUUUAAACUUGGCCCGGCUUGUUCAAGAUGUCCGAGUGGAUUUUCCUGUAAUGAUACGUUAGGACUUUGUGAUCGUCGUGAAUAA